AUGCGCGAUAAGCAACAAGCAUUGAUAAGCAACAAGCAACGCGCCGAGGAAGAUUCGCACCAGCCACAGCUGUCCGAUUCCAGCAAUCUGCGACUGAGUAAUCAUCUUCAGAAUUUGGUUCACGCAGGCAAAGAUCUAUCGACCGUGAAGACGAGGCCGACGACACCCGUCCUGGCGAACGACGGAGGGGGCGGCUUCUGGCUGGCCACGGUGGCCGCGGGGGCAGGUACCCCAGCCGGGCUGCCCCCGCACGGGACUCAUCACCCAGCCAUGGACCCAACAUGCGGAUCCGCCGAAACCGGCUUUAUCAACAGUCAACCUUCCAUGGCUGAAUUCAUGACGGCGUUGCCACAAUUGGCUGGAGACAGCAGUAUGCAACACUCGCCAGGUACCGGCGGUUCUAUCAGUCCUGGUACUCAUCAUCCUCCGUAUCAUACCAUGAUGGAUCCCCACGGUGUCGCUGACCCUUCAGGUGUCAAUGUUCCUGAGUAUCCUUGGAUGAAAGAAAAGAAGACUACUAGGAAAAGUAACCAGCAAGAGAACGGCCUACCAAGAAGAUUGCGAACUGCCUAUACAAAUACACAACUCCUUGAGUUAGAGAAAGAGUUCCAUUUCAACAAAUAUCUUUGUCGGCCGCGAAGAAUAGAGAUCGCUGCUUCGUUGGAUCUUACAGAGAGACAGGUAAAGGUUUGGUUCCAAAACCGACGGAUGAAACACAAACGGCAAACACUCAGCAAAGAAGACGGCGAUGAAAAGGACGGGUCUACUUCGGACGGGAUGGAGAAAUCUAAAGGCGAUAAGAUGUUAUCUAUCGAUAGUGACGAAAAGAAGAGUUGUCAUAACUGUGAUAUUUCGGGCGUGGGCGACGUCGGCAGCACUCUGACCGGUGACGUUACGGAUUUAGGCUCGUCCGGCCGGAGAAGCAGCAACAACAACAACACGCCCGGCGCGACCAACAACAACAACAACACCAACAACAACAAUAACAACAACAGUAAUUCCGGCUUCAACACGAACAGCAACGGCGCCAGCAGCGUCGGCAGCACAAAUAGCGUGACCAGUUCGUUCGAGAAGAUGAUAGUGGACGACGACUCGAGAUCGCAAGACGGGAGCGAGGUGACGUCGCCGAGCGUGACGAAGAAAUUGUCGAGCGAGGUGAGAGUGAAGGUCGAGAGCGGCCACAAAAGUCCAAACACCGCGAAGCAACAGCAAAUUUCAGUGAGCAAGAGAUCGCCAUCGGCUAACACGAAGGAUAUGUGCUCGGUGAACAGCAAUGGCGUGCUGCUGGCCAUGCCGGAUUCUACAGUCAGCACGCCGGUUUUGCCCGGUCAGAAUUCCACGAGAAGCCUGACGCCUUCUUCCACGCCGGGAACACCCGUGUCCGUCCAACUACAGCAGGGCAGCCCGCUCGGUAUCCAGCAGGCGACUCACACGGCCUACAUGCAAAGACCGCGAAGCUCGCCGUCCUCCACGACCUCGUUGUCAGGUCCGAUGUUGCACGUGAACGCGAACCCGGACACAAUGUCGCCCCACGGCGGCCGUAACAUCCCAAACAAUCAGCAAGCGCACUUCCAACAACAAAGUAUAUAUCAGACCACGCCGGCGCUCGAUUACCGAAACGGCCUGUCCGCCAACAGACAAAACGUACCGACAGCGACGCAACAAACUCAGAUGCAGAGCGGUUACUGUUCCAGAGACACGUACCAGCAGCCAAGAAUCUCAUAUCCGGCCGAGGUGCAUCCCCUAUACGUGAGACAGAACCAGGUGGUGGGAUCAAGAAUGGCGCAUCAUGUCAGAGCAGCGGGCACGGCGUCGAGGUCGAUGUACGGCGCCAACAUGCAGUUCCAACAGCAACAGUCGCAGUACGGCAGCACCGGGGAAUACAAUGGAUAUCCUCAGGCUGGGCCACCCUAUCACGCUUCUUAUCACCGGAGUAUGCAAGGCACCAAUGCCUACAGCUCCGGUCAAGGAGGAUACUCAGCCGCGCAGAGCGAGCAGAGUACCGACGGCUACAUGACGUCUGGAAAUUAUGGUUACUCGACUAGCAGCGGCUAUCACGGGGCGAGCGAAAAUCUGGCGGCGCACGGUCACGCCGCCGUGUCCGUGCAGACCGCGCAGCAUUAUUACAACGAUAUUCAACAGCAGCAACAACAGCAGCAACAACAACAGCAACAGCAACAACAACAUUCCCAGCAACACAGCGCCGAGGGCUACGUGACUCAUCAGCCGGCCAUGCACUCCGCCGGCUCCGGCGACUAUCGACCGGGGAACAAGUGUCACCCGAGUGCGUAUUACGAACAGACCGGUCAGCUGCACGUUCAUCAGGGCGGCGAGGCCGCCAGCAUCCCGAGCAGUUACGUCUCAUCGCCCGAUCCGUUCCCAGCGCCCGGAAUGACGACAACCGCGACGGCGAUCGCAGCUGCCACCGCGGCGGUUAUCACACCACCCGGAAGCGCCGGCCAGGCUGACAGCAACAACGAGUCCUACGGCAAUUACGGCAAUUUCUACGGCGAACCGGUACACACCGCCGCGCCGCCGCCGUCCGCCGACAACAGCAACAGCUCGUCCGACUUCAACUUCCUCAGCAAUCUGGCAAACGACUUCGUGCCCGAGUACUAUCAGCUCAGCUGAGUCCACGAGACCGAGAACCCUUGUCAGCUGGAUUGGGGCGACGAGCAAUGCCUGCUCAAUGCCCUGUACUGAAGAACUCGCUCCGUGAUCGCUGUGUAAAAAUUUCUCGUGAUUUGUGUACAUACUCGUGAUCUAGGAUUAUCGUGUGUAAAGGAAACUCGUGCGAGGAGAAAAAGUGACUCGGCCGAGGAUAUCGAAACGCGUGAAGCCUCACCGGGUGUCUCCCGGUCCGAGGAAGUAAUUCCUCGUGGGAAAUCUGACGAAAUUAUUUUCGGUACUGAUUCAAUUGGUCGAGCGACGAGGAUUGUGUGUACGUGUAUGUGUGACUUAGCAUAUUUGUAUAUAAUGAAACCUGAAACGUUUGUACUCCAUCUUUGAUUUUGACAACUGCAAGCAUAUCUCAAGUAAUCCGGGUUACCAGAGAAACCGUCGACUGUUCUAACGUACUGUUGUAACGAUAUAUCCCAGACUAUAAUUCCAUCAGUUACAUUUCGUCCGAGUAAUAUCGAUCUCGAUAUUCCUCAUCUCGCUCGAGAUGAUGUAUGUAAUCCCCGCUAUUUUGUAUCGCAAACGUUGCAGGAUAUUUCGGAAAUACAAAAACGGUGACAACGAGUGCAAUGGUUGUGUUAAUGUUAAAUCUCGGAACGACGAUAACAGAGUUCCUGUACCUUCGAAAUUUUCGCGACGCCGCGAGUGAACUUAUCGCCACUAUUUCGAUAUGAAACGCACACUUAUUCGCGUGAGAAAUGUGAAGUGGACUUGUGAGUGAUAUUAGACUGAUAUAUACGAGCUGUGGUUUAACAAUGUGCAUAAAUGUUGUAAAUAUAUCAAAGAUUCGCUGUUGUGACACGGGAAUUUAAUGGUAUUUCGAUACAAUGGAUUCUCGUGAAUGGAAACAUGAGAUGUAAGUGCAAUCUUGCUGCGAACAGUCUCUACGUUAACGUUUCGUUAAAAAAGCCAUUCGUCAGCAAAACCGUUAUAAAUCAUCGACGCGACGUUUCUCUCAUUUCUGACAUAACUUCAGUUAUCGGCAUGUUCGAUUAAAGCGCGCAGAAUACACGGAAACGAGACAACACGAGAAUAUUCAACAAAAUUUUCAGGAAGCGUCCACAUUAUUUUGUAUACGUCUACAAAUGUUUAAUUUCCAUGUGAUAAUUAAUAUAGUAUACACAACGGGAUGAUUUUCAUGUAGUUUAGACGAUUUCUUAAUUUGACUUAAACGACAAAACGAAACGAAACUGUAGAUUCAUGAGCAAUAAUAAAUAAUGCAACUGUGUACAUAUAUAUCAUACGAUAGAUAGAUUAAUGGAGCACAAAUAAAUAGAAAAAUCGCAUCUAUACACGAUUACUAUACCGAGUACACAACUUCUGAAAAGUGAAAUAGGUACAAUCUGUUAGUUUUAAUUAAACACAAGAAAUAGACGUCUAUCACUCUCUUAUAUAGAAAAAAAAAGAGUCGUCCUCUCCUAUUAAAUAUAGAGUAUAGUAAAAAUUGGUUACUUGGUCAAAACUAUUGAAAAUAAAACAGACGCACUUGUAAAAACAUUAUCUGCGCUGUCCGUUUUGUGAAAAAAUGAAUUCAGAUCGAUAUAUAAUUCUAUGUUGUAUACAUACAUACGUACACAUGUCAUUGAAUAAUAUCGAGUAUCAUUGAGCAAUACAUCGAAAAUUCAGCAAUUCAGCAUCUUCAGACUGUGCGGGCGUAACGUCAUUUUUUCACAAACCGCGUUUCUUUUCUAAUCUCUACUAGCGCUACUUUAAGCAAACCAAAUAAAUUAUUAUCGCUCUUUUAGCAAUAUAAAUGUAAACAUAAGUAGGGAUGUAACUUUAAUUUUCACCUCGCGGCAAUAUAUUUAAUAUGCAGUCCUUUUUGUAUAAAACAUUAGACGCCGUCAUUGUUCAUGUAAAGACUAUCUCAUGUACAUAAUGCGUAUACGAUAACCGUAUAUUGUUUAUUCAUUCUAACUGUAUAAUUGUGUUGCAAGUGAGCCCUUGACACGAUAAACGAAGUUAUCACACGUGUACAUUCGUUCACCGACACAUUUGGCAAAUACAGGUCACAGUGAAAAGU